AUCGGAGGCGGAGCCAAGCUCGGCCAACCAGAAAGCCGAGCUGAUCUCGGCACCGUUACUGGGGCGGGGCGUGAGGUCUCCACGCACUAAACUCUCGUCAGGGGAAGGCCCCGGGGCCUUCCAAUGCGGGACUCGGGCGAACUCUAGUUCUCCCAAUCCGUGCGCGGCGCUGGCAAUUCAAACUGACAGCCGGUUGAAAGGCAGAGAAAGCGGAAGAGGGCGCAAAAAACGACGUGUUUGGUGACAGACCCCAGCGCCGACUGAGCCCCCAAAGCGACCUCCGCCCCUCCCCACCAACACCACCGCGCGCUCGGGAGCGGCCGCUGCGGGAGAGACCUGAGGGGACAGCGCGGGGCCCGAGGGAGAGCUGAGGGGAGGGAGGACGCGAGAGAAACGGCGCGAGCGCGAGCAGGCUGAGGGCCGGGGGCCGCCCCGAGAGGGGCCCGCGGACCAGCAGAGCGGAGGAAGGUCGCGGGAGAGAGCGGGGAGACUGAGGACAGCCAGGGGUCGUUCCGGUGGAAAAGCUGAGGGAGUUCCUGAAUCCGGGGAAGAGGGGGCGUGGGUGGGGACGCCUAGUCCGCGGAUCCGGGAGUGGAAUUGAAGGAGGGGCUUAAUGCCGGGAGAGGGACGUCCUAGGAGAAGUUUCCAAUAAAAGACAACGGGAGAAGGCUGAGGGAAUUGCUCUAGGGACGGGGGCUAAAGAGGAGGGGAUCCUUUUAGACAGCAAAAAGGCAAAACUGUUGAGAAGUCCCCAUCAAACUCCACUCCCUUCUCUGAAACGUUAAAAGGGAAACCAAGUUUGCUGCUCUCCCCUGUUGCUACUCAAUAAAUAUUACUUUUACCCUUCCACGGGGGAAAAAAAGGAAAGAACUCUUUUCCUUCCCAAUUUUAGGGCUUAGCAAAGCUUGAAGCCUCCUAACUUGGUUUUUAGCCUGGAGAAAUCAAAGUAGAAGGACUAUCGCUCUUGGUUCCUUUUUCAAAACCCCACGCUUCAUCCUUCCUGGGACGCCAUGUCUGCCAACAGUUGUAGUUUCAAGGACCGGUGCGUGUCCAUCCUGUGUUGCAAAUUCUGUAAACAAGUGCUCAGCUCUAGGGGAAUGAAGGCUGUUUUGCUGGCUGAUACUGAAAUAGACCUUUUCUCUACAGACAUCCCUCCUACCAAUGCAGUGGACUUCAUUGGAAGAUGCUAUUUCACCAAAAUCUGCAAAUGUAAACUGAAGGACAUCGCAUGUUUAAAGUGUGGGAACAUCGUAGGUUAUCAUGUGAUUGUUCCAUGUACUUCCUGCCUUCUUUCCUGCAACAAUGGACACUUCUGGAUGUUUCACAGCCAGGCCGUUUAUGAUAUUAACAGACUAGACUCUACUGGUGUAAACGUCCUACUUUGGGGCAACUUGCCAGAAAUAGAAGAGAAUACAGAUGAAGAUCUGUUAGAUAUCUCAGCAGAGGAGUGUAUUAGAUGAAUGGAAUUAUGAUACAUAUAAUAUUCAAACUUUUCUAUUUAAAAAUAUAUUAAUGGAUCAACUUUAAAAUCGAUAGUAACGGUUUGCCAGUGAUUUCUUUCUUUGGAAAACAAAAAUGGGGCAUUUGCUGAUUUAUUUAUUUGCUGUCUCAAAUUAAUUACCUCAGUUUAAUUUAAGCCAAUGGAAUUGUUCUUUUCUUCUACUUCUCCCUGUCCCCUACCCUUUUGCCUAGUAUAGGUAUAUUCCUAAAUUCAGCUAGGAAAAGAUUCUUUCACAUGUCACUCAGCUACCUCCCAAUCUGGGGGAGUUUUUCUUACAACUUGAUGCCAGAUACCAUUAAUUUUACAUUCUUGAAUAAAGGGCAUUAGUACCCACACAUAUAUCAACCACGUGUAUAACAGGCAUGUAUCAACUGAGUAUUAAUAAGGGAUUUUAAAAAAUGGGCUGUUUGGUUUCCAUGGGUACUGGUUCUCAUAUGUUAUAUUGGCAAUAACUGCUUUAAUAUGUAGCAAGACUUUGUGAAUCAGCAAAUACAGUAAAUUAAAACUUUAAAAUAUGUGGAGGAAUCCUCUUGAUUCCUCAGCAUGAUCUUAGAUAAAUGAGUUUGUCAGAAAAUUAUCAAUCUAUACUGUCUAUCAAUGUUAUUUAUUUACAUUCUUCUAAAGCCAUUAUGGAUAUUGUAUUAUGAAAGCCAGAUAAACUCAAACUCUGUCUUUAAGUUAUCCAGUUCUCUAGGGCUUUCUCUGUAAAUAGCAAACUUUCGAUGAGUAGUCUCAGUCCCAACUCUUAAAUAGAAAAAAACUAAAGUGGUUUGCUUAAGCCAUUAUACAUUAUAAAGAGCUAUUUUGUCUUGUUUUGUUUUGGUGUUUUCAGAGCCGCAUUCAGAGCCACACAGGAAUAGGAAACUGGGAUAAUGUUGGAUUCUGUUUUUAUGUAAAGCUAAAAUAAAUGUAUCUCUUUUAAUAUCUCAGUUGUAGGUAUUUUGUCAAUAGUGAUACUAAAGCAGACUGAGUUGAAGUUUUGUAAAUAAAGUUUGUUCUAAAAAUGACCAUUUUUCCUUUAAUUUUUUAUUAUACUCACAUAUCUAAAAAUAUAGUUAUAGUAUAUAAAGUAUAGAA